AUGCAAAUUUCAUCCAGCAGCGAACAAUGCCUCACAUUGUUGGCUGUACUUUUCUUACCACUUUUCGUUUAUUGCUCAGAUUUCGGCAAAAUCUACACUGUCUCCAAGUACAACAGUAAACAAGUAUACGAAAAUAUAUACGAAAGUUCAACAUAUAACUAUCAAGGUUUUCAAUCACCCUCUGAUUACUACAAGCUUCCUACUGGUAUUCAAGUGAGUUUCCGAUACCAAUUCCAAAAUAUUGAUGAUGAAAUUUCCUCAUCAGAUUCUUUUUCUUUCCAAUUUCACAGAGAAACUAAACUAAAGUAUUCCAUUGACUUUCCACUCAUCCAAAACGUUACCAUUUUGAACGCAACUGUCCUAUUAAACGCUAGAUUUGGUAUUUUCAAUGUUGACAUUCCCAAUCAACUAAUUGCCAGAAUUGGAGAUUUGCACUUUACAAAAUUAAAUCAAACUUUGAAGGAAAAAAGUGAAUUUGGUGAAGAAAUUUCUUCAAUUGAUGAAUUUUCAUUGAAUUUAAAUCUUUCUCAGAUAUUUACUACCAUUAAUUCAACAACAGUUGCCUUAAUUUAUAAUUUGGGAGAUACUGAGCCAAGAAAUGUGAAAUUUUCACAAUGGACGAAACUUUCAUGUCCUUCCUCUUAUGAGCUAAUUGAAGAAAAGUUGAGAAAUUCGAAAGAGUUUACAUCUCUUGGAUUUGUAGAGGGACCAGUUUCGUAUAAUGAUCCAUCAAUUCCAAAGUUUAAAAUUGAAGAAAUGAACCAAGUUAGAGUGGAAGAUAUUCAAGAUUCGUAUAACAAAAGACCAGGUUUCGAAUAUACAAUUUUGAAGAGCUACAUGUUUUAUCAAAGUAAUAUCGAGUACGAUAAUCUAUUAUCUUCCUAUAUUAAUUUCAACUUUGAAUCCAAUGGAAAUUUCACAGAUAUUUAUGGAAGAAAUGUCAUAAUUGACUUGGCAUCAAUGUCAUGUGGAGCUCGUGUCAAAUACGGAUACAAAUUCGGAGAUGAGAUUAAGGAUUAUUCAUUUGAGGAUAAAAGAUCCAAUGAAUACGUUCAAUGUGAUCACGGAACUUUCUUCAAUAAUUCCUUAAUAGUUUUCUAUGGGAAAGUUCUGAAUGGACCAUUACCACCUGUUCCUUAUCCAUCAUUUUCUCCUUCUCCUUCUCCUCAUCCACAUUAUUCGAAACAAAUUGUUUCAUCUUCUUCAUCUAAAAAUGGAAAUAAUCAAUCUGUGAUUAUUGGUGUGAGUGUUGGCUUGGGAUUAUUUGCUUUUUGUGUUGUGAUUUCAAUCAUUUCAAUGGUGAUUUGUAUUGUGGUGAAAAGACGUCAGAAAUAUGCCUAUCAAUCCGUUCAAUAA